AUGGCGCCCUCCCUCAAGUUCUUCUAUCUGGCAAACGCCUGUUUGAUUCUGCUCGCUGCUUGUCCACGAGAGGCUCAGUCAGAGCCGGCUGAUUCACCUACAAUUUCGUACUCUGUGAAUCUCGGGGAUGACGGCACGUGCCUCGCCGAGGUCAACGCUGCUCGUGAAGCUGCUAAACUGAGCAAGCUUCAGCAACCAGGAGGUAGCGAAGGAGCAAAGCGUCUUCCUGCUUUGGUCCCAGUAACACCGUGGGAGCCACUGUGCAAAGAGUUGAUACCACCGGCAGCGGGGAAAUCAGCCAGUGAGAGAACCGGCAAUGAGUUCAGUAGUGGCACGUACG